AUGGCCGAAAAUAGCAACUGGGAACAAUGCGAGGCACGAGAGGGUAUCAUAGAGACACCCAAUGGAGCGGGGUUAUUUGUCGCUGCCAGAGGUGCACCAAGACAACCCAACCACCCGGUCGUGAUCUUUGAGUCUGGACUUGGAAUGAGUGGCGCCUGCUGGGCGGCGGUUCAACGGUUGCUAGAUAAUCGGAUCCGCAGCUACAGCUAUGACCGUGCGGGCUAUGAAUGUAGCCCGGAGUCUACGGCACCGCGCAGUGCCGCUAACAUUGCCACUGAGCUACUUCAUGUCCUCCAAGCUGCCGAUAUCAGUCCGCCAUACAUUAUGGUUGGCCAUUCAUAUGGAGGCAUCAUGAUACGUGAAUUCCUUGCCGCCGUAGGGGCAGAUGCGAUAGCCGGAAUGGUAUUUGUCGACGCAAACCAGGAGAAGACACACCCUCUACUUCGCAUUCCAUUUUCUGACAUGAAAGCACUAUGUGGCGGGCGAAACUACUUCGAUGUCAUUGGGUUAUUACGGGAGAAUGCCUUCACUCUUGAAGAAUUGAAUCGUGUGGCGGUAGACGAAGGUCUCCCAGCUACGGCGCGUAUGCUCGAGAAAGAGGGAGCGCUGUUGCUUGAAAGCUCUGGUGCUUUGGGAGAAAAGCACCAAUUCGACGCUUGUCCGCUGGGGAUGCGCCCUGUCACCGUGAUUCGAGGCGACUCAAGUCGCGACUUUCAACGUCUGGUGAUGGCAGCGCAAGAAAACAACUACGGUAGUCAAGAAAAUCUGGAGGCAAUCAAAAAUUAUCUCACCAAUCGGUUCGACCUUUUUGAUCGUGAUCUGCAGAUGGAGCAGUUGCGCUUGUCAGGGAAUAGCCGUUUUGUUCAGGCGACUAACAGUGGACAUACAGUCAUGGCUACCGAGCCAGAGUUAAUUGCAGACGAAGUUCUUGCAAUCUGGGAGGCGAGCCUGUAG